AUGUCAAUCGAAGCCCACGACGACGACGUCGCGCAUAACGUGCGCCCGGACGAAGGCGUUGAUGAAAACGAUGGAUUCAGGUGGAGAAAGUACGGGUGCAAGCUCAUCGCUGGGAACAUGGUCCCGCACCCGACGGAGAGAUCGUACUACAGGUGCAAACACUUCGGAUGCCCGGCGAGGAAGCGAGUCGAGGUCGAAAAGGUCACGGGGGCGACGCGGACGGUUUAUGAGUUCGAGCACACGUGCAGGGACGGAGAACGCGCGCGCGAAGAUAAAAGUGGAACAGAGGCGGGCAGGGAACCGGAAACGGAUGCGGAUCGCGUGCCGCUGAAGAAGCGGCCGGUGGCGCAGAUCGCGGCCGAGAACGAUAAGAUGCUUCACGCGGCGAAGAAGGUGAAGGGCGUUAGUAAGCCGGUGAAGGGUAAGAGAGGACGACCACCAAGGUUGCCGAAUCAGUCUGCUCUCGCAGCGGCGGCGAGCAUGUCGCAACUGCGACGAGGUUUAGAAGCUAAGACAGGGUCUGAUUCGAGAUCGCUCGUACAAACAAUACCGGAAGGGAUGCGAAGCAUCAAACUCUUCGCACGCAUACUCUCACCGAAUGGCGAGACAACGACUCUGAAGCCGGUUCGCAUGAUGGUCUCGUCGCAAGCCGAGGUGGAAAAAUUGCGCGCGCAGAACGCUCUUCUUCAUGCCGAGUUGGAGACUGAACGGGCGCGCGUUUUGGCGACAGAGACAACUUUGAAGUUGAUGCGUGCGCACGUUGGUUGUCAGCAACUCAAAGCGCGCCUCAAGCAGUUCGGCGUCAGAAAGGAACCCGGCGCUGAGAGUGGCACGUUGCUCGCGCCGGCUUGA